CGAUUUCCCCUCCAACCUACAACUCACAACAAAUGUCUGUCGCUAGCACAAUUAAAGGUGAUAUGUCGCAGCAAGUCCGAUCACUCUACCGCCAAUUAUUACGGCAAGGUUCGCAGUUCUCUGCGUACAACUUCCGCGAGUAUGCGAAGCGACGGACGAGAGAUGCUUUCCGAGAGCACCAGGGCGAGCAGGAUAGCCGAAAAGUGCAGGAGUUGGUCCAGCAUGGAAUUAAGGAGCUUCAGAGCUUGAAGCGACAAACAGUCAUCAGCCAGUUCUACCAAAUCGACCGGUUAGUCGUUGAGGGUGGUAUCUCGGGCAAGCAGACGGGCAACAACCAGGAGAUUCUCAGACAGAAGGAGCAGGGUUACGACUAAAGAUGAUUCGCCAUCACGAAAACUUGAAACGACUGGAUAAAAUAUAAAAGAGACGACUCGAGUGUACAGUAGCAUGGGUUUGGGGAUAAUGUAUAUGUAUCAGAUACCAAGGAUCAAAGGCGUCAACGAGCCAUGAGGGAUGCCUUUAGGUUGGAGGGAGCGUACCGAGGCUCGAGUAUUAGACGAAGAAUCACAAUCUUGACUCCAUUUCGCCCUU